CGUCUAAGCUGAAUCUCUCAACAUUGCUUUAAGGCUCCUCUCCCAAAGGUUGAUAUCAUCGCGAAAUGGCCACCUCAAUCGCAACAAUGGAAAAUCCAUCCGUCGUACUUUACGGCCCGGGUAAUGUCAAAAUUGAAGACAGACCUGUUGAGGAGCUAGGCCCGAGAGAUGUACUCGUCCGGAUCGCGUUCAUCGGAACAUGCGGGAGCGAUGUGCACUUCUGGAAACAUGGCGGCAUCACCAACAAGGUGGAUCCUCAAAGGGGCAUUGUCAUGGGCCACGAGGCAUCGGGGAUCAUCCAUUCUAUUGGCUCCGAGGUUACAUCCAUCUCUAUUGGGGAUCAUGUAGCAAUCGAGCCGGGUGUUCCAUGUAGAUACUGCAAGGCAUGCAAGAACGGAACAUACAAUCUCUGCCGCAAGAUGCGCUUUGCAGCUGCCCCUGCAACGGCUGGUGCGCCCGAUACUCCUGGCACCUUAUCGAAGUUCUGGAAGAUACCGGAGGAUUUUGUUCAUCGUCUUCCAGAUUCGAUUUCCCUCGAAGAAGCCGUACUUGUCGAGCCGCUAAGUGUGGCCAUCCAUGCUACAAAGCUUGCGGACAUUAGACCCGGAGAGACAGUGGUCAUUAUGGGUAGCGGCACCGUGGGUCUUCUUUGUGCGGCUGCGGCUCGAAACUUCGGUGCUCAAAGAAUUGCGCUCGUGGAUGUUCUGGAAAAGAAAUUGGUUUUUGCGAAGGGCUGGUUACCGGGCUGUGAGGUAUUCAAGGUCGAUACGAACGCGACUUCUGAGGCAAACGCUAAAGCUCUUCUGGGACAGUUGCGAUUGAAAGAUGAAGGUGUAGAUGCGGUCAUUGAAGCAUCCGGCGCCGCAUCCUCAAUUGCAACGGGAAUUCACAUCCUUCGCCUAGGUGGAAAGUUUGUCCAGACUGGACUUGGCCAACCGAAGGUUGAGUUCCCUAUCGUAGCACUGAGUGAGAAGGAACUGAUGGUAAGAGGUUGCUUCCGAUACGCCUCUGGAGAUUUCGAGUUGGCAGUCCACCUGCUUCAAGACGAGAAAGUCAAUGUGAAGAGUUUCAUAAGCUCCUUUGUGGACUUUGAAGACACUCCGCAGGCUUGGGAGAGAACUGCAAUAGGGGAGGGGAUCAAGAACCUUAUUAGAGGAGUACAAGACUGAAGAUGGUAUGAACAGGCAGCAUGGAUUGAUACUUUGGGGUGUAUAGAAAUAAACAUUGUGCAUAUUAAGAAGUAUCAUUCU